GUCUCCUCAAAAGGAGAUCUAGCUAGUAAAACAGUUGAAGAUAAUUAAAUACAAGGUAAAUAAGACGACGGCAGGUGGACCGCCAGAAUGGCAGGCUUGCCCAACCGUGCAUGCUCAUUGGCCGAAACCCAUGAUCCGAAGGUUUCCCGCCUGCUCUGCCCAGUUCGCCUGCUUCGACCUCCCAUAUAAAACGCGCAUUCCACCAUUCGUUCUUCUGCCGUUUUAUUUCAUCGCUCUCGUCUUCUUCCCCUUCCCUCUCCUCUCAAACCCCUCAACUACUACGGCGACCGAGAAUCCACGACCGCUCUUCAUUCUUCGCUUGCUCCCUGCUCCACUGCGUCUCUGGUUUCGCUGCGUUCCCUAGCCGCCCCGCUCCCUCCUGAUCGCCGUCUCAAGUGUUGCACUCUGUCCACACGGCGCUGCGGUCUCUUCUGCUGGUCAUUUUAUUCUCAAGGAGCUCGUCUGCCUGGAUUGCUAGGCAUGCCUCCCG